AUGAGCUCUACGAAUUUCACUGGAGAGUUUCCUCGUUGCAUUGGACAUAUGCAAUCAUUAAAUGCAUUGCAUCUCUUCUUAUGCCAAUUCAUGGGAGAACUUCCAUCAUCUUUUUGGAACCUCACACAGCUUACUUAUUUGUGCAUCUCUUACAACAAUUUUUCUGGACAAAAUUCACCCUCACUUUCAAAUCUUCAAAAUCUCACUGUUCUAGAUUUUUCUCCUAAUAAUUUUAGUGGUCAAUUUCCUUCUGGGUGUUUUACCUUGCCAUCUUUGGAGAUUGUGGAUAUUUCUUCUAACCACUUCACUGGUCAAAUAGGUGAAAUAUCCUCUUAUUCAUUGGAGCCGCUUGAUGUGUGUGAAAACAAGUUGUACGGCUUAAUUCCAUUGUCAGUUUUUCAACUUCAAAACCUUACAUUUUUCAACCUUUAUCACAACUUUCUCAUUGGAAAUGUGUUGUUUCAUCAAUUGUCAUGGAUAAACAUGUAUUUCCUUGACUUAAGUUCCAACUUCCUUCAAGGAGAGCUCCUUUCUUCUAUUUGCAAUGCUAGCACACUUGAUAUUCUUAACUUGUCCCAUAAUCACUUCACAGGCACCAUUUCUCACUGUAUUAUCAGCUCUAGCCUUGCUCUUUCUAUAUUGGAUUUACAAAUGAACAGCUUCUCUGGCACCAUACUUGAAUCAUUUGAAGCUGAAAACAAUUUGAGAACCCUAAAUCUUAAUGGAAACUUGUUGGAAGGGUCAUUGCCUGAAUCUUUGGUCAAUUGCACAAGGUUAAAAGUAUUAGAUCUUGGUAACAAUGGCCUAGUGGAUGUAUUUUCCCAGUGGCUUCAAGCCCUUGAAGAAUUGCAGAACCAACUGGAAGGUUGCAUUCCUAAGGGCCAACAAUUUGGGACUUUCUCAAGUGAUUCCUUUAGUGGAAACAGUGAGUUGCGUGGUUUUUUACUUAUAAUUCCAUGCAUCAGCCACAAGGAAAGCCAGCCACCACUACCAAAUUUUGAAGUUGGAUUCGAAUUUAGAUGGAUACUUGUGGUGAUGGGGUAUGCAUGUGGAGUAGCAUUUGGAGCAACAAUGUUUCAAGUUCUGAUAUUUAUAGGUAAACCUCUAUGGAUUGCAAGUAUGGUGAAAGAUCUACCGAGAGAGGAACAGAAGGGCUAG